CACUUGCUGAGCGCUCAUCAUCACCAUGGCUCGGAUCCAAGGAGAGGUACGUGAGUGAGUGAUAUGCUCCCACUCCCACAUCUUCUUCUAGUCCACAUCUUCCUCCCCCAUCCCCUGCCUGGCCCUGCCCCCCAUUUACGCGCCCGGUGCGUACAUUCAUGCAUGACGCACACGGCCAUGAAGAGGAGGAGGCGGCAUGGCCAGCCUCAUCAUCUUCACCUCCUUGUCUCCCUCCUCCUCCUCCUCCCCCUCCUCGACUGCACCUGUGCGGCUCUACCGUCGGCGCCCAAGAUGGCAAGGAUCCAGCAGCAUCUGGACCGCGCCAACAAGCCGGCACUCCGCACCAUACAGAGCAUGGACGGGGACACCAUCGACUGCGUGCCCCGGCACAAGCAGCACGCGCUGGACCACCCGCUGCUGAAAAACCACAGGAUCCAGAGCGCGCCGCCGCGCAUGCCCGCGUCCGCCACCGCCACCUUCCGUGCUAGCGAGGCGGCGUCGGGCAACUCCACGACCAGGGCCAGGGCGGCGUGGCAGACGUGGCACCACGCGGGCCACUGCCCGAAAGGCACGGUGCCCGUGCGGCGGACCACCGCCGAGGACGUGCUGCGCGGCGGGAGGUCGCUCUUCCGCUUCGGCCGCAAGCGGCACCGCCGCGACCGCGCGGCACGCGCCGCCAACGCGCCCGACGUCGUCACCGGCAACGGCCACGAGCACGCGAUCGCGUACACGGCGGUGGGGCAGCAGGAGGUGUACGGCGCCAAGGCGACCAUCAACGUCUGGGAUCCGGCCAUCCAGGAGCCCAACGGCUUCAGCCUCUCGCAGCUCUGGCUGCUCUCCGGCUCCUUCAACGGCUCCGACCUCAACAGCAUCGAGGCCGGGUGGCAGGUCAGCCCUGAGCUGUACGGUGACAGCAGGCCAAGGCUCUUCACGUACUGGACGAGCGACGCGUACGAGGCGACGGGCUGCUACAACGCGCUGUGCCCGGGCUUCGUGCAGACCAGCUCCCGCGUGGCCAUCGGCGCCGCCAUCUCCCCGGUCUCCUCCCUCGCCGGCGAGCAGUACGACAUGACGCUCCUCAUCUGGAAGGACCCCAAGCUCGGCAACUGGUGGCUCAGCUACGGCGACGCCGGCGCCUCCCAGCUCGUCGGCUACUGGCCCGCCGAGCUCUUCACGCACCUCUCCGGCCACGCCAGCAUGGUCGAGUGGGGCGGCGAGGUGGUCAACACCCGCCCCGACGGCGCGCACACCGCCACGCAGAUGGGCUCCGGGAGGUUCGCCGCCGAGGGGUUCGGCCGCGCCAGCUACUUCCGCAACCUCGAGACGGUGGACGCCGGCAACAGCCUCGCGCCCGUGUCGCUCGACGCCGUGCAGACGCUGGCCGAGGACGGCGGGUGCUACGACAUCAAGAAGGCCUACGACGAGCGGGACGGGUGGGGCACGCACUUCUACUACGGUGGCCCGGGACACAACCCGGCCUGCCCCUAGCCUUAGCCGAGGUGUAGAACAAUCAACAACGACACGCAUAUGCAUGCACGCAUGCAUGCUGAUGUACAUUUUGCCUUGCUUUUCGGCGACUUGAUCGCUCUCACCACUCAGCCGAUCGUGAUCAGCGACGUCUUGCUAAUUCUAGUGUUAGUUGUACCCACACACAACAGCAAUCGCAAUUGCAGAGCUCGAGCCUAAUUUUGACGAA